AGUGCCUUUCCUCCACAUGUUCACCCCCCUAUCUGACUCUCCCUUCUCUCACUCCCUCUCUCUCUCCCUCCCUCUCUCUUUCUCUAGAUCUAUAGUGUCUUUUCUGUUGGCUCUUAUUCUACUCUUACUAACAACACUGAGAAAGACUUUACCUUAAGCAAUACACUUCAAGGCAAUACUACAGCAACUGGUUUUUGGAAAAGAGACUUCCAUUUGCAGCAAAGAAUUUACCUGAGGGAGCUCAAGAACCGCAACACUCCUAACGUCACCGUAAAUUGUGCAUAUCAAGAAACUUGUGCCUCUCUGUUAAGAAGUAUGGAACUGCAUAAGAUGUCAAAUGGUCACCACGACUUUGUCCCUUUGGAAGAAGGGUUUGAACCUGAACAAGAGGAGUUUCUGCCCCACAAGGAUGAUGGCCAAAAUAAAUCACAGUUUAAAGAUUUUGAAGGCAAGACCUCUUUUGGGAUGUCUGUUUUCAACCUCAGCAAUGCCAUCAUGGGUAGUGGAAUUUUGGGACUGUCAUACGCCAUGUCCAACACCGGCAUCAUCGUCUUUGUGAUCUUGUUAACUUGCAUCGCUGCUCUGUCCUCAUACUCUGUCCACCUGCUUCUAAAAAGUGCUGGAGUUGUGGGUAUCCGUGCUUACGAGCAGCUUGGCAAGCGUGCGUUUGGCCAACCCGGGAAGGUGUUAGCUGCCGUUGUAAUCACCAUGCACAACAUCGGGGCCAUGUCCAGCUACCUAUUUAUUGUGAAGUAUGAGCUGCCCCUGGUCAUCCAAACUUUUUUGGGAAAGCAUUCCAACACUGGGGAAUGGUUCCUGAAUGGCAAUUACCUCAUCAUCAUCGUCACUAUCUGCAUCAUCUUCCCUCUUGCCCUCAUGAAACAGCUGGGGUACCUUGGCUACACCAGUGGUUUCUCUCUGACCUGCAUGGUGUUCUUCCUAUGUUCGGUCAUAUACAAGAAAUUCAGCAUCCCCUGUCCUUUUGAGGAGUUCGGCAAUAGCUCCAUAAAUGCCACGCUUGAAGAGGAUUGUGAGGGGAAGUUCAUCACCAUUAACCAACAGACUGCCUACACAGUUCCCAUCCUGGCGUUUGCCUUUGUGUGUCACCCCGAGGUGCUGCCAAUCUACACUGAGCUACGCAAUCCCACCAAAAGACGCAUGCAGUCAGUUGCAAAUGUGUCCAUAUUGGGCAUGUUUGUCAUGUACCUCCUCACUGCAAUCUUUGGCUACCUCACCUUCUAUGGAAAUGUGGAGUCUGAGCUGCUUCACACAUACAGCAAGGUGGACCCCAUGGACACGCUAAUCCUGUGCGUGCGAUUGGCCGUCCUGGUGGCUGUCACACUCACUGUGCCUGUCGUACUCUUUCCGAUCCGCAGGGCGUUGCUGCAGCUGCUUUUCCCAGAGAAGCCAUUCCACUGGGCCCGCCACAUCUCCAUCGCUGUCUGCUUGCUCAUCGUGGUCAACAUACUGGUCAUCUCUGUGCCCAACAUACGAGACAUCUUCGGCAUCAUCGGAGCAACAUCGGCACCCAGUCUGAUCUUCAUUCUGCCUGGCUUGUUUUACAUCCGUAUCGUCCCCACAGAGGAUGAGCCUAUGAAUUCCAGAACAAAGAUCCAGGCUGCCUGUUUCACUGCUGUGGGUUUCAUCUUCAUGAUCAUGAGUCUGACCUUCAUUGCCCUUGACUGGAUCAAUGGAGAGAACAGGAGUGGCGGUGGACACUAGUGCCACCCCCUGUCCAAAAGAGGUCGCGGCGCCUGUCCAGGGACCACCCUGUGGCCGUCCCUGGCCACAGACUCAGGUCGGCUCAGUCAGAUAAGCGGAGUCAGUCACAACGGACAGGCCGGACCCCCUCCCUCUGAUCACGGUUUUACCUCCCUGUGUUGUGGUAAAACCAUGUUUCCCGCCACCACCUUUGAAAAACAACAAAUAAUAAUGUCUGUUAACUACGAACUGUCAUGGUAGCCAUGAUAGUCGCAGAGGAAGUGGAAGUGAGGUCACGUCCCCGUGUCAGCAGUUUGGGGAGACGUCACAAUUGUUUCAGAGAAGAUGACCAUUUUGUUGCAAAUCAUUAAAUAAUUAAAAACUAUUAAAUUAAAAAUACCCAGAAUAUGUCUUAGGCAGGCCCAUCAAAAUGGUCCAAAACAAAGAGGAUGCCAGAAUAGGAGAAGAAAAGAAAAAAAAGAAAAAAGAGAGUGGAAAGCUAAAUUUGGAAAGCUAAAUGUAUCCGUUCAAACAGGACCUGGAAUUUCCAAAUGCCGUGCUCCUUUUCUCACAUCAGUGCUGCCAAAACUUUUUUUUUUUUUUUGUUCUGCUUGUUUGCUUUGCUCUUACCAUGGAACCCUGGGUUUGACACAACAGUGCAACAAGAUGUGGGCGUAGAAAAGUAAACAUCUUAAAUAACUUGUAUUUUUUUGGUCAAAAAAACGAAAUGCUGCUAGACCUGUAAUAAUGGUGUACGUCCGAAUGGACAUUGGAAUGAUAAUGUACUCUGGUUCAAUCCUUCAUCUUGUUUCAGAUGUUACAAUUCAUUAGAUUAGAUUUGUCAGGGUCUGAAAAAAUAUAAGUGAUUUGACUAAAAUAGCUGUUGUGAGUCUUACAGCAUUUUUUUUUUGACAACAAAUAGUAUGUACUACAUCUUUUCCCAAAAUCCCUCAAAAAUAUGAUAAUUUCAAUUGUUAGCUGUGGAGAUUUGUCAGAUCAACUGAUGCUACUGUGAAAAAAAAUGUGCUGGAGAAUAAUUAAGCAAAUGUAACCCAAAGACACCUUUGAUAUAAUUAUCAGUAAUUUAUUUAUGUCCAUUAGACCAGUCAAAACUGAGGAAAAUGUUUGUGCUUCUAUGUGAAAUGUUUUGGGAGUGGAGGUACCAGAGUAUCUAUUUUUACAUUUUCUAAAGAGGAUUCAUUUCGUUAUACAGCUAUACACUACAUUUGCCUUGCCCAAUCAUAUGCCGCUUUUGUACUUUAUCUGGAUCUUGAGAGUAGCGAAACGCUUUGAUCUGUAUUUUUUAGCAAUGGGUUGAAAUGGGAGUUUCAAACACUUGCUGGUGCUGUCGAGGGCUUUGUAAGAGCAAUAUUUUUAGUUAUGCUUUACUUGGAACUCUCUGCCAUGAGAGUAACAUACCCUUGCCACAAACAUGUCAUGGUAGAUGCUGUAUCCGGUCAUUAGUCAUAACGACAGAUGAUAUCCAGUGACAAGACAAUGUCAUGUUACCAUUAUCAGUAAUCGGCAUGGGUGCUCUCUGAAUUUCAGAUGUCACAUGCUUAAAAGCUGGUACUAAUAAUAUAACACUGUCACAUCAUUGGACACAGACUCCCUUGACUCUAAUGAGAGGAUAUGACAUGUGCUGGACAUGUUUAUGUCAUGCUUAUGGCAGUAUUAUUAUUAAGGGUUAAAGGAAAUUGUUGAAAUAUUUUUCACCAUCUGGCUUGUACAAUACAUUAAUUGGAAAUUGCUUUGCAUGUUUACCUCAAGGAUUAUAUGUAUACUAUGCCUAGCGGUGACAAUCACCAAUGCAGAGAUGAGACAGAAAAGGGAGAUGAGGGUUAUGAAACUGUUUCGUGAUAUUAGACGUAUCAUAGACUAAAGAACUGAUGUGAGUAUUUAAACAAGCAUUGCAAUUCAGAGGAAAGAGGUACCCCACAUCAUCUAAAACUUCAUUACUCAGUAAUGGAGUGAAUCUAAUAUGCUUUCAGGCAUUAAGAGAACUUGGGUCCUUCUUAAGUUUCGUCCACAAGUUGUCAUAUGUGAUGACUGGCCAUGAAUCAACAAUGGAAAGAGCUGAUCUACCCAACACCCGUCCAAUCUGGGGGUUAAUGCUCUGGGUCCCUGAGACUGUGAGACUCAAUUUGUUUUAAUGUGUUUCAGUAAAGGUGAUUGGUCAUCAAA